CAAUGAUAUGAAAUCAUUAGUUUUUGUGUGAUGAACUGAUUCAUAUUGCAAUUAAUUGUGUUUUAAAGAAAUUAUUUCUCAUUUUAUUUUGUAAGAGAAGUUAUUUCAAGAUGUUUUCUUCAGACUCAAAUUAUUCCAAAUUGAAGACAAAUCUUAGGUUAGCCAUUAAUCGUUUAAAAUUGCUCGAAAAAAAGAAGGCAGAAUUGGCUCAAAAAUCGCGAAAAGAAAUCGCAGAUUACAUCGCUGCGGGUAAAUAUGAACGUGCAAAAAUUCGUGUCGAGCAUAUCAUUCGAGAAGACUAUAUGGUGGAAGGUUUAGAACUGAUUGAACUGUACUGUGAUCUUAUUCUUUCAAGAUUUGGAUUGUUGCAACAAAGCAAAACCGUCGAUCCCAGUCUUGCUGAAGCGAUUUCAAGUUUAAUAUGGGCAUCACCUAGAGUUGAAUCAGAUGUUGCUGAAUUGAAAACGAUUAGCGAUCAAUUUGCGAUUAAAUUUGGAAAGAAAUACAUCGAAGCCUGUCGCACAGAAGCUGUCGAUACGAUUUCUGAAAAGUUGAAGCACAAAAUUGGCGUUCAACCUCCUCCUAAAAUCUUGGUUGAAAAAUACCUGAUUGAGAUUGCAAAAAAUUAUAAUAUUUCAUAUGAACCUGAUCCUCAAGUGAUGCGUGAAGCAGAACACAGUAAAGGUAUUGAUGCUCUUCUGUUCGAUGGUGUUCCAAACAAUUUGGAUGACUCGACUAAGGAUACCAUUGUUAGGCCUCCUGGGUUUGUUGGAUUUUCUCAAGAACCUGCUUUACCUCCAGAAUACCGCCCGUUCAAUUAUCCGCCUAUGAACAAUGCGAACGCCCCUCCGGUAAUUACAUCGCCCACGUUUCCUGAAAGUUCUGUUAAUAGCUGCCCGUUACCUCCGGCUUCUUUACACGAUAGUGUUUCGCCACCGUACUCUUACAACAUUCCACCUGAAGAGAAGAAACCAAAUAAUGUUCCAGCACCAAAUCGCGAUGAUGCUAAACCCAAAAAUACGGAUAAUGUGGUAAAACCGCAACCAAAGCCCUCUGUGUCCGGCUCUAAUGUGAAUUUACCGGAGUUACCUAGUGUACCGAACGAUUCGCCUAGUGGUCCGUACAAAGCUCCUUCUGUGAAUUUUGAUGAUAUUGAUUUUGAUGACUUAACUCGUCGAUUCGAAGAAUUGAAAAAGAAGAAGUAAUAAUAUUAUUGUAGAAUUUCAUUUAUAUUCAAUUUAUUAACCAAUGUACACUUCAGCAAUUCGAUAAUAAGGAAAAAAAAUAUUACUCUGAUGUCUAAAAUAAUCGUUUAAUGGUCAAAAUACAAUACCUAAGUACCUGUUUUAUCCUUUUUUAAAAAUAAAACUCGUGUAUAUAUUA